AGUGACAGAUCUGGCGAAUUAAAACGAUGCAGAGAGGGAGAGACGAGUCGGGGCCAUAGCUGUUCAGAUUUUGGGAGGGAAGUCAACAGCGCUGGAGCAGAGCGACCUCAAGAACAGCAAAACACACAAAAUAUCGCUGGUCCGGUGUGUUGCAGAAGGAUAGGAUGUGGCUCUUCGAAAAAAUUAGAGGCUCUGUGGAGAACAAUUUGAAUCGCUCCGGAGACGCCGGCGGCAGGGACAAGCAGCCUAAGGCUCCCAUGUUCAGCAAUGUGUUGACCCCAGAUAAAAUCCCUGAUUUCUUUAUCCCUCCCAAAUUUCCGAACAACUCGUCCGAGGGAGCGCCCGCCGAGAACGCCGAAAACCGGCAGAAGUCGUCAAACUUGAGACCUUCCACCUCCGAGCAGAUCUUCGUCACUAGGAGACCCCAAGGCAGCCCCAGGGUGAAGAGUAAGACCUCUUCGGAGGCCGGCAGCAACCUAUUGAAGGUGGCCAACCGGCACAUCAUUCAGAUCGAGAGUGCGGAUGAAGCCAAUUCUGAUGACUUGGCAGAGCCUGGCUGCAACACCAAUUAUGACCCUCAAUCGCAGAGCGCCAUGUCGCUCCCUUACAUCCCGAUGACACAGACUUCCUAUGGCUUUUCCACUUUGGUGGAGAGUCCCCACACCAGGAGGAAGGAAUCAUUGUUCCAUUCUGAUCACGGGAGCCCCGUGACCUCGCCCAGCUCCCCAAGAAAGCGCCCGUCUGGCCACAGAGGCAAUGGGGACAGCCAGCAUCUCAACCCACCAGAGUUUAGCCUGUCCCUGGCGAGCACCUACAGAUACUUCAGUGGCGGAGAGAGCGACACUGCCUCUUCUGCCGAGUCCUCCCCCUUUAACUCGCCCCUUCUCUCCCGCUCGGUCUCAGGGGCGUCGCUGCUCAAGAUGUUCAGCCACGAGAACCUGGCCAAGCACUGCAAGCCCCUUCAGUCGUUCACCCGCAACAGUUCCUUGUCCACGGACGAGUGCAGCUCCACCGAUGCCAGCCCAAAUAUCUCCAAAAGGCUCAGGUGUCCCACGCCUCCAGCUGGUGGUCCUCCAGCCGCACAGGGGGUUCUCCCGCUCAGCUUGCUCCAAUAUCAAGACCGAGUCCAUAAAGAGCACACUAUCCGCCUCAACAGGGGGGGUGCCAUCAGGCUGGCUGCGGAGUAUGACUGCACGAACGCCCGGCUUCGCAUCCGGAUAAUCACUGCGGAGGACCUCUACGACAAGACUUUGGACAACAAGAGCAUCAACUGUUGCGUCAUUUUGUACCUGACUCCCGGAAAGGUCCAGAAGCAGCGGAGCACCAUCAUCAAGAAUAGCAGAAACCCGAUUUUCAAUGAAGACUUCUUUUUCGACGGACUCCCGCUUGAUGAGUUUAAGAGGGCGGCUUUGAAACUGAAGGUCGUCAACAAAGCCUCCAGCCUCAAGCGCGAUGCCGUCCUGGGUGAGAAAGAAUUGAAAUUGUCCUUGUUGCUUCCUUUCUUCUGAUGUGGGCUAGUUUUCUGCCUGGGGGAAUGCGGUGACACAUCCCUAACUGGUCAAUAAACGGCUGAGCUCCUGUCUUUAGCUCGAAUUUGAUGAACCUUUAAGAAAUUUGAAAAAUCUUGAACACUAACAGGGCUAAAGGGAUGAGUUGUCAAACUCAAGAGGUGGGUGGUGGAAAUCGUUUACAUGAGUUAGGCCCCUCGAAGAAGUCCGUAUGUUUGUUAACAUUAUUUUGACCAUUAAUACCACCAUUGAAGGAGAAGGUACAACAUGGAAAAGUCAGACAUUGCAUUGAGAAGAGGCUGUUCAAGGAUAGCAUUGAGUUGCAUUGCUAGGAGCCCAGUGCGAUUCUCUCCUCUGGCAUUGAUCCACACUCCACCCAGCACACUGCUAACAACCUCAACAGUUCUGCAACAACUUUACGAAGAGUCCCACAUUCUAUUGGUAAAAAAUACACUAAAGACUUUACAGGACUUACCGUGCAUCUUGUGAACCUUGUGAUGUUAGAACUGGCUGAUCUGAGGGCUCUGAAAAGUUUCAUUCAGAGAGUUGUACUGUAAGUGCUCACUUCCAGUGUGCAGUGUGUGUGUGAUGAUGGUGAGGGAGUGGUGGGUUGGUCAGCUCUGGAGAAUGGAUCUGGGACUCUCAUUCCUUCCCGGGAUUUAAAAAAAAAGUCAUAACUGUGAAAGGGGGGUAGGGGUCGUGGAAAACUUAAGUUGUUAUUAACUUUUGUUGAAGUUUCAAGACUAAAAUGUACAUAUUGUGAGAGAUAGAAGUAAAUUGUUGUUCACCAACCAUUUGUGAGGUAUGUAUCAUUCUGACUUUAGUAUAAAAUAUAUGAAUAUUUUGACUAUAUAACUUGUUUCUGUGUACAUAUUGCUUAUGGGGGAAAUGUGCCAACAGAUCUUUUACUUACUAAUUUGCUAAGGCAUUCACCACCACAGAAAACUGUAGGUAGCAACAUUUUAGACUAAUAUUCUCACUGAAGGAAAAACUAUUAUUAUGCUCUCUGGUGGAUUGUUUUUUCUCUCUCUGCAAGUGGAUGUAUGGUGUUAUCUAUAUAAUAUUGCCUGAUUUAUAUUAUAUUUAUGCUUGAGAAUGACUUAAUUAAGGUAAGUUUCUAAAUAGUGUUUGAUAGGUUGGUGUUGGUGCACAGUAAUACCAUUGUGUGCAUGCUUGUUGAAAAGCAAAGCAUAAUGCUGAGCACUGUCAUUGACCAGUUAUGUGAAACUGUGACCAUAUAUGGAUUCUUGUGACAACACCAAGAAGCCCAUACAUCUGACUUAGUGUUGUGAAAUCACAUUUAUUUAUUGAUUUAUUUUCAUUAAUGGUAGGGAUAUAGAGUUAGCAUUGCACUAAUAAAUGGUUUUAAACAGUUUUGGAAAGUACAUUCUGUGGGUGAAAGAAACAAGAUAUUGUAUCUUUAUUCAUCAGUAUCUAUUUCUAACUAAAUUAACAAAAGAGGGCUGGAACUAAAUUAGCUUACCAAAAUCAUCUGGGACCCAGUGUCAAUGCUGAAAUGAUAGCUUUGGCAUUUAAAAAUCUUGUUUAAAUAUUACAGUUCUGCAAAACACAGGAAUAAAAUUUAAAAACACAAAUGCAAACAACAUCUCCAUUUUAUGUGCAGAGCAUAAAAUUGAUUGAAUAAAAAAUCCUCCUCUAAAUUCAUGACAAUCAAUUCGUAGUAUGUUGUCUUUCAGGAUUAUUAAAAAGGCAUUUCACACUAGCUGCAAUUCUAAUGAACCUCAUGUUGUUUGGUUAAAUUGGGCAAUGAAUAAUCCAUUUCCCAUUUCCUAGAAGACUGCAAAAAAAUGGUCAGUUGUGACCAGUGUAAGCACAUCACUUUUCAACUCUGAUCUCAGGAUCAUAGAAUAUUUAUGGCACAGGAAGAGUCAUUUUAAUUAAAGCAGAUUUUACAAAGAGCAAAAGCUGUAUUAUUGAGCUGCUGUCAUGGAAAUAAAUCUUUUAUAAGUAAUUUGUAUGAAAUCCCUCAUAAAUCAUACAUAUUCUGAAGAAUUUAGAUAAACUUAAAUUAUUAUUUGAUUCUUUAUUUAUUAAGUAAAUGAGAAUGACUGUUUACAUUUUGUGCAAAGUGUUGUACAGGAUCUUCUAGAUGUUGUAAUUUGCCUCUUUUUUUUGCUACUUAAUUUAUUAUGCCGGAGAUAGUGUUAUUGACAAUCAGGGUCCAUAAAGCUGAUCUUCAGAGUUUUGCACUGUUCAGUCUGUCCCGCUUGUAAUUGUAAGUUAAAUAUAGACAUCUGGUGGAUAAAUGAAGUCUGCACUAUGUAUUGAAUCAAUAAAAAAAAAGCCAUGGCGCUACUGCUUUGCUUAUUUGUUGGAAUACUUAAGAUGGGAAACAUAUUAAGAUAAUGAUUUGCAGUUGGAGGGCGCACCAUUUUUCUCCUGGGGAUAAAAUAUAGAUUGAUGCAUUUGUAAUCCAGAUUUCAUCACAUUAAUGCUGUAAGUUGUAAUCACUUAAGGUUUUAACAAACAGCUAAUUGAAGGACAUCUUUAAUCUGAAUCUAGCCUUGUUGUAAGAUGUCUGGAAGGCAGUAACCAGCAGUGUUGUCUGCAGAUCUAACAUACCUCUAGCUUUA